AUGGCUACAGACGUACAAUCAGUCGUAAACCGGCUGCUCACUGCCGACGCAUCCCAUCCACCACCCCACUAUGACUUCUCCUUCACCCCCUACCUCCGCAAAACAUUCGGCUUCGGCCUCGCCACCGACGUGCCCGUCUGCAAAGCCUUCAAAGAAGGCCACUGCCCUCUUGGUCCAACCUGUCCCGACCGCCAUCCCACGCCUUCUCGAGUGACAACAUCAUCCACAAACGCAUCCGGUCUCGCGCCAUCCGUCACCCACGGCUCCCUAGUUUGCAAACAUUUCCUCAAGGGUCUGUGCAAGAAGGGCUUCAAAUGCGAAUAUCUACACGAAUACAACCUACGGCGCAUGCCCGAGUGCGCAUCCUUCUCGCGCUCCGGAUACUGCCCCAACGGCGAGGAUUGUCUAUAUCAUCAUGUGCGUGAAACGGCUCGAUUACCUCGUUGUGAACAUUACGAACGGGGCUUUUGUCCACUAGGACCUAUUUGCGCAAAGCAGCAUGUUCGUCAAAGCCUGUGUCCGUUUUAUCUAGCUGGCUUCUGUCCUGAUGGGAGAUCGUGCCAACACGGUGCUCAUGCACGGUGGUCGGACAAUCUGCCCAAACCGCAGAUACGGGUUGAGAAGACGGAAGAAGAUUUGGAGAGGGAGCGGGCUCUGAUCCGAGAAGAACAGGAGCGGGAAGAGGAGCGACAGCAGCAAUGGAGGAGUGAGCGUGGUCGGGGUGGGUUUAUGCGGUACAGAGGACGAGGUCGGGGUCGAGGCAUGUAG